AUGGCCAACCCACCUCAUGGCGGAAUCCUGAAGGAUCUCAUUGCUCGAGAUGCCCCUCGUCAUGCUCAGCUGGUCGAGGAAUCCGACCGGCUUCCCGCGAUCAUCCUCAACGAGCGCCAAUUGUGCGAUCUCGAACUCAUUAUGAACGGUGGCUUCUCCCCACUGGAGGGUUUCAUGAACGAGAAGGAUUACAAUGGAGUUGUCGAGAACCUCAGACUGGCUAGUGGAGCGCUUUUCAGCAUGCCUAUCUGCUUGGAUGCCUCUGGAGAGAGCGUGGAGAGCUUGAAGAUCAAGCCAGGCUCCCGGCUCACUCUACGAGACUUCAGAGACGACCGUAACCUUGCGAUCCUGACAGUGGACGAUGUUUACCGACCUGACAAGCAGAAGGAGGCGCAAGAGGUGUUUGGUGGGGACCCGGAGCACCCAGCCAUUAAAUAUCUUAUGGAGAGCACCGCGGAGUUCUACAUUGGAGGCAAGGUCGAGGCCGUCAACCGACUCAACCACUACGAUUAUGUUGCUCUACGAUACACCCCCGCAGAACUGCGGUUACACUUUGAGAAGCUUGGAUGGGCCCGGGUGGUGGCUUUCCAGACCCGGAACCCCAUGCACAGGGCUCACCGUGAGCUGACAGUGCGUGCAGCUCGUGCCCGCCAGGCCAAUGUUCUCAUUCACCCUGUGGUGGGCUUGACCAAGCCUGGUGAUAUUGAUCACUUCACCCGUGUCCGUGUCUACGAGGCGCUCAUGCCGAGAUAUCCUAACGGGAUGGCCGUGCUAGGGUUGCUUGGGUUGGCCAUGCGUAUGGGUGGUCCUCGUGAAGCCAUCUGGCACGCAAUCAUUCGAAAGAACCACGGUGCCACUCAUUUCAUCAUUGGACGAGAUCAUGCCGGCCCUGGCAAGAACAGCGCCGGCAAGGACUUCUACGGUCCAUAUGAUGCUCAAUAUGCGGUGGAGAAAUACCGUGACGAGCUGGGCAUUGAAGUCGUCGAGUUUCAGAUGAUGACCUAUCUCCCUGACACCGACGAAUACAAGCCCAAGGAUGAGGUCGCUGCUGGUGUCAAGACCCUGGAUAUCUCCGGUACCGAGCUUCGACGACGUCUCCGGGUUGGCGCACCCAUCCCAGAAUGGUUCUCGUACGCAGAAGUCGUCAGGGUGCUGAGAGAGGCGCAUCCUCCCCGUGCCAAACAGGGAUUCACGAUUUUCCUGACGGGUUACCAGAACUCCGGCAAGGAUGCUGUCGCUCGAGCGCUGCAGGUCACAUUCAACGAACAGGGUGGUCGCCCUGUAUCACUGCUACUGGGUGAAACUGUCAGGCACGAGCUGUCGUCCGAGCUGGGUUUCACGCGGGAAGAUCGGGACACUAACAUUGCCCGUAUCGCCUUUGUCGCCGCUGAGCUGACCAAGGCUGGUGCAGCCGUCAUUGCUGCGCCAAUUGCACCGUUUGAUGCGGCUCGAAAGGACGCCCGGGAAACAGUGCAGAAAUACGGCAGUUUCUUCUUGGUCCAUGUCGCCACCAGCCUCGAAUACUGCGAGAAGACGGAUAAGCGUGGUGUCUAUGCGCGAGCCCGGAGGAACUCGAUCAAGAACUUCACCGGUGUUAAUGACCCGUACGAGGCUCCUAAGGAUGCGGACCUGACUGUCGACUGUGAGAAGCAGACUGUGCGAAGUAUCGUGCACGAGAUCGUCCUGAUGCUGGAAUCCCAGGGGUUCUUGGGUAGCGUGUAA